AUGUUUUACAACCGCACGUCUCAGGAGUCGUAUGCGAUCGACGCCAGAGAGCGGGCGCCCAUCACUGCCCACAAGAAUAUGUUCCGCAAUAACGCAAACCUGUCUGAAGCGGGACCGCUGGCAAUCGCCACACCCGGUAUAGUCGCCGGUUAUUGGGAACUUCAUCAGAGAUCCGGUCUCAUUGAAUGGCGACGACUCUUUGACGGCGCCAUUAAGUACGCGAAGGAUGGCUUCAAAGUGGGAAAAAAUAUGGCAAAUUGCAUCAAAUUAACUGAACAUCAAAUUAGAAGUCAACCAUCAUUU